UGUAAUAAAAAUCGCUCGUCUUCAUUAUGAGCCGCACGUCAUGCCAGAGAAUAAUGGAGACUGUGCUCCAAUUCCCGACCGGGGUGUAGAUAUGUGUGUCUGUUCGAUAGCCAUUGGACCCAACAAAUUCGAUGAAGCAGAGAUCAAAAAGAAGGGUAAAAGUAUCAAGAACUUCUGCUUUGGAGUUUACUAUAACAGGAACAGCAACGCAUGCUCGCUGGCUAAGAGAGAUUACAUGAAAAAAAACGCCGGAGAACGUCUGACUGCCAUUAAAUCCUACUGGAACAAACAAGUGGGAGAAACGGUGAAGAACUGGGUGAAGACAGCCAAUGAACUGAAAUCACUGAAGGAAAAUAUGAAGAGGUCCCUGUCCUUUCGAGAAAGAAUCCAGUUUGAUCAGGAAGUUGCAGCUUACCAUGCCAAAAGUAAUCAUGGGAUGUACUAAUGGGCAACACAGAAUGACAGCCGGCCGAUGACUGUUUUGGAAAGUGUGCGUUUCUUUUAUUGGAUUUAUUAAGACGAUAAUUUUUUUCAACAGCUGGUUCGUUUGCUAUCAUUAGAGUUACAACCGUGGGUAAUUUAGGGACGCUAAGAGUAACUUUUUUUUGUUUGUGUGUUUACAUAUAAUCCAGGCUCAUUAGAGCUUACCUCGUUUGAAAAGUUUGUGCAGCUUUUUUUAUGUUUAAGGAAGAGUUGAUGAAUAAAUUGGUGGGUUAUCUUGAACAAAUAAUGUUUGAAAAAAAAAAAAAAAAACGUACUGACGAAAGGUGUGUAUGGGUUACUGAGUCGUUACUGCUGAGCAAACUCAAAAAGUCCAUCAAGAAAAAAAAAACAGGUCAGAUCAUAAUAUUAUUUAGACUCAUCAAAGGUGUGAAAAACGAAGAUGUUCCUAGAGCUUCCAGGACUUUAUUCCUCAAUGAGAUCGAGAGGUAAAACUUUAUCGGGAAGUAUUUAGACUCCUUUCCAAACAACAGAAGAAGCGAAAGAUACAUGUCCGAAGAGUGAGGUUCUGAUCUGAGAAGUUACGUGAUCGAUUACGUGAUCCAAUAAAAGAUAGGUACAAA